AUGGACGACAAUGAGAUCACCGCAGAUACAUACGCCUCUUCAACCGAAGACUACGAUCUCUCCGAUGACUGGCAAUCAGAAACAACCUCCAUCGGCUCGUCCCUCUACGAGGGGUUUCUAGAAAAUGGCAGACGAUACGCCAACCUCCGGGGAUCCAAAUAUUUCAGCCCUUCCGACGAGCAACAGUUCGAGACCUACGAAGUGGGACACCUGGCCUGCCUCUUAAUGAGCGACAAGCGGCCCAACCCGCUCUACUACGCGCCCGUGGAGGCGCCCAGAAACAUCCUCGAUAUCGGAACAGGGAAGGGCUCCUGGGCGAUGGACGUGGCCGAUCUGUUCCCCGACGCCGUCGUCCGCGGCGUCGACCUCUCCCCCCCGCCUGUGAGCUGGGUGCCGCCAAACUGCAUCCUGGAAGUAGACGACGUGCUCCAGGAAUGGACGUGGCGGCAGAAAUUCGACCUCAUCCAUAUCCGCCACGGCAUCGGAGCCUUCAGUCUUGCCGAAUGGGACGAUCUCUACAAGCAAUCCUACGACAAUCUCGAACCGGGCGGCUGGUUCGAACAGAUCGAAAUGAACAUCUGCUGCGAGUGCGACGACGGCAGCAUCCCUCCGGAUAACAUUGUCUUCACAUGGGGCCCGCGAUUCUUCGCCGCGGGCGAGAAGCUCGGCAAACCGCUCAAUAUCGUGAAAACGAUGCGCGCCUCGAUCGAAAAGGCCGGCUUUGUCGAUGUGCACGAGAAGAACGCAAAGUGGCCCAUCGGCUCUUGGCCGAUGAGGAAAGCGCUCAAAGAGGCCGGCAUUGUCAAUCUCCAGCAUUGGUUGGCCGGCAUGGAGGGCUACUCGAUGUACCUGCUCACCAAGUUCGGAGACCCCGUCCCGUGGACCAGGGAGGAAGUACUGGUCUAUGUGGCGGCUAUGCGGCAGGCAUUGACGAACCCGCGCUUCCACGCUUAUCAGUACGCGAAGAGGAUCUGGGCGAGGAAACCUUUUCCGGGUGAGGGCGAUACGUACCCGGCGGAGAGAGGGGGAGCCGUGGUCAAUGGUGACGUGGAAAAGGACCGGGAAAGGGAAAAAGGGGCAAGCAUGGGUGGGUAG